GGUGUUCGCGUUGUUGGUAUUCUAUUCACUUGUUUGUCUCUUUCUUUGCUUUGCGUGAACUCACGAAUCCGUUCGUAUAGUACUUUAAGCCUUCUCCUUUUCCUUACCACCUCCUGUGCGGUACUAUUCUCACCGCCAAUUGAGCAAUCAGCCUUCCCCACCCCCUUCCCUCCCCCUAACGGACAGACGAUAGAGCCGACCGGUCAGAGAAUUCAUUUGUGUUAGUUGGUAUCCUUCAAAGACUCUGCAACCAUGUGGUAUCAUGUCUCCGAGGUAUGGAGCCAGCUUCCCCUUACGCUAUCUCUCUCCUAGCGAUAGUAGAAGGCUAACAGGAUCAUAGCCGAAUAGCUACCUGGCUAUAACAGGUGUGAACAUUGAGACCGUCCGUAUCGCGAAGAAGGCAUUCGUGAAGCCUCUGCAGAAAGUUACAAAGUUCUCCAUCACCCCCUUCGACUUCUCCCUGCAGUUGCAGGCGAUGACAAUUGAGAAGUUGCAAUUCGCUCUUGUAUUAUCAUCCUCCUAACUAUUGCGAAUAAUUGACUAACAUUUCUACAGCCAGCAGUAUUUACUAUCGGACCCGAAGACACUCCUGAGGCUCUACAGAAAUAUGCCUCCCUGCUUACUGGUCAAGCGGGCGAUACCAGUAGUCAAUCCAACAGCAGCGGGCGCGGGCAUGUUCAGGAUAUCGUUAAGGGCAUCAUCGAGGGUGAGACCAGAGUCAUCGUUUCCGGGAUGAGCAUGGACGAGAUCUUUAAGGAGCGCAAGAUGUUUAAGGAGAAGGUCAUUGCAAAUGUUCAAGGGGAAUUGUCACAAUUUGGGCUCAAGAUGUUUGUUCCCCUCACCUUGUGGUUUUGUGGAUAGUGAUGUUGAUUUAUUUGAAAACAGUUACAAUGCCAACGUUAAGGAGCUGCACGACACUCCCGGUAGCGAGUACUUUGCCUUCCUUUCCCGCAAAGCGCACGAAGGCGCACUCAACCAGGCCAAGAUUGAUGUCGCGGAGGCCCGCAUGCGUGGAGAGAUUGGAGAGAAGGAAAAGCAAGGCCUCACGGCUCAGCAGAUCUCCAAGAUUGAGGCGGAUACCGCUAUUAAGGAAACUGAACGGAAGAAGGAUAAGGCUACUGCGGAGGCUUCCUUCUCCGUCCGUCAACAGGAGCUGAACAUGGAGGUUCAGCAGGCGACAAUCAAAGCCAAGCGUGCUUCGGAGGCGAGGGAUGCUGAGCUUAGUAAGGAUGUUGAAAAAAAGAGGGCGGAGAUGGAAUUGGAGAGGCUGAGGGCUAUGGACGUCGUCAAGAGUAUUAUUACCAGGGAAACACAGGAACAGAAGGCUGACGCAGCUGCGUAUACGACCAAGAAGGUGAUAAUUCCAAAGCUAGGUCCCUUCAACUUUAUACUUACAAUUUUUUAUAGAAUGCCGAUGCAUCAGAAUACAAUGCUCAAAAAACCGCCCUGGCCUCCCAAUUCGGCCUGCAACGCUCUGCAGACGCUAAAAAGUACGAGACCCAAACUUCCUCGGAUGCGAAACUGUACCAGCAACAAAAGACCACCGAUGCCGCACAAUAUGAGACCCAAAAAUCCGCCGAUGCCCGCCACUACUCUGCUGUAAAGACCGCCGAUGCCGACUACCUCGCUCGUGUUAAGAAGGCAGAGGCAGACCUCGUCACCGCCGAAAAGGCUGCUCAAGCCAUGUUCAUUACACGUAAGAAGGAAGCCGAGGGAAUGCUCGAAAUGGCGAAAGCCUAUCAGGCAUUAUCGCAAGUAAUGGGUGGUCCAGAAGGCCUAAUGCAGUUCCUGAUGAUUGAGCGCGGUGUUUAUGGCGAUCUAGCAAACGCGAACGCUAAGGCAAUCCAGGGCCUCCAACCCAAGAUUUCCGUAUGGAAUACAGGCUCUGCUGGUGGUGAGGGUGCCAUGGCCGAUCCGGCCGCUCCCUUAAGGAACAUCUUCCAAGCGUUGCCUCCACUGUUCUCUACUAUCAAUGAGCAAACGGGCAUUUCCCCACCUGCCUGGAUGGCGCAGAUGCCUGCGAAUGGUACUCCCGGCUCGGCGGUUGCGCCCAGGCCCGGGAACGGGCAGGUUGUUCUCCCUAAAAAGAGCUAAAAUAAAAUAAUAUAGUCAAAGGGGCAGAAGAUGGGAGCGGAGCAGGAAGGAUGUCUGUGUCUGUCUGCCUUGCAUGACCUGUAAUUCGGUCGUUCUUUCACUUGUUUCAUUCAUAUUUUUCGUUCGCUCGACUUGUUUUACUUUUCUUUGUUUUUGAUUAGUGGGGUGCGGAUGUCAGGAUUUUUCUUUGUUUGUGUGUCUGCUUGCUGGGUUGGGGGGGUGCGGAUGUCAGUAUUUUUCUUUGUUUGUGGGUCUGCUUGCUGGGUUGGGGGGGGGGGGGUAUGGUAGCGUAGGUUAGUUAAUGAAUUGUAUCGCGAAUGUUCUUUUCC